UUGUUUGUAUGUUUUGGUGUUUACCUCAUAAUGAAAAUAUUAAGUUUGAUUAAACCACACUCAAUAUUUUAUGAUUAACUACUUUUUAUAAUUUUCAACCAAUGUAAAUUCAAUAUUAUAUGUAUAUAUAUUUUAAAUUUUCUGCAAUUUACUAUUAUUAACUAAAAAUGCAUAGAAAACAUAGAAAAUAUACUUUUAAAGCAGCAUUUUAUUUUUUUUAAAUAUUUUGUAGAAACAGAUGAAGUAGUAGUAAACCAAGUUUAACAUUAGUUUUGGGUUGAAGUAUGUAAAAGUAAAACAACAACAAUAGAGUUCAUGAAACUGUAAUAGUGUAUGCUUUUUUUGGUCAAUAAUAGUGCAUGCUUUUUAAAAUCAACUGAAAGAAAGAGAACUGUUUAAUUUCUUUUCUUUAUUUAAACGGAAAAAUGUGAUUUUUUUAAAAAAAUUGUGAUGCUUGUGGAAAAAUAUUCUCAAAUAAACUUAAAUUAGGAUUUUGGGACAUAAUGUUGUUAUUGAGCUAAUUAAUAUUUUUCAUAUCCAAAAUACAUAAAUUCGAGUGAUUAAAAUUACCUUUUGAGACUAUGUUUGGAUGUUUGGAGAUUGACUUACCAUACCGAUUUUGUUUUGGAUAAUAAACGAUCAAGUUUAAAGACUCAACAAAAACAUCUCCAAUAUUAUAAAUUAUACCAUUUUCAAUAAUAAUGGUUUCACAUUUUUAUAUAAUAUUUGAAACAAAUUAAAACUAUAUUAAUUUAUAUCAUUAAUUAUUUUAAAUAAUUGUUAUCAAUUUAUAAUUUAUUAAACUGAAUUAAUUGUUUAAAUUUACAUUUACCAUCAUUUAUUAAUACAACUGUAUAAAAUAUUAGAUUUUAAUAUUUGGAAAAAACAUUUACGGGAUUAUCAGGGAAAUACACUGAAUCGCUGGCAAAUCCAAAAUAUGCACUUAAUAUUUUCCGCAGAUCAAAGGGAUCAGUGAAAUUUAGCGACGCAAUUCACCAAAACUAUUUAUUAAUUUCAUAAAAUCCAGAAACGAAUUUAGCAGAAGAAAGCAGCAUUCAUUCAAAAAAGUUUGUGAGAAAAAAAAAGUUUGGUUCUUUUUAGAUAUGAGAGUUCUUCUAUCUAAAGGGUUUAAGAGAUAAUGCUGCAACAAUGCUCACUUCAAAUUCUAAAGAGAAGGAGAGAUCUCUCUCCUUCUUAUGCUGCUGGUACUUAGGUCGCAGACGUUUCGCAAUGCUGCUCCUUCUCAGCCUUGCUUUUGUUGUCUUCAUCUUGGGUUCCUACACUAUCAACAAAGAGAGUAAUAGUCCAAUCAUUCACCAGAGUAUUGAGACCAUGGAUUUUGUUAGCAACCAAACACCGUUAAGUAGAGAGUUGAGUUCUUUCUAUACUGAAAACUCUAAUGAUGAUGGCAUUAGAGGAAGUGAUGUAGACAUCAUCCAUCCUCCUCCAUCCCACCAUCCAUGCGAUAGUUUUUCGUUUCCUCCUCCUCCUCCACCAGGACUCAGAAGGCCUGGACCACGCCCGUGUCCUGUAUGCUAUCUAUCUCCAGAAGAGGCCUUAGCUCAUAUGCCAAAGCAUCCAUUUGAAUCUCCUGUGCUCAUGAAUUUGACAUAUGUCCAUGAGGAGAGUCCUGUAAAACGUGAAGAAGAAGGUCAAGGAGGCUCUGAGUUUGGAGGUUAUCCAUCUCUUGAAGAUAGGACUAACUCCUUUGACAUAAAAGAGUCCAUGACAGUGCACUGCGGGUUUGUCAAAGGGACAAAACCGGGACAUCAAACCGGAUUUGAAAUUGAUGAAGAUAUCCUUCCUGAGCUGGACCAGUUCCAUGAUGUGAUUGUUGCUUCAGCUAUAUUUGGAAAGUACGAUAUAAUUCAAGAACCGGUGAACAUCAGUGAAAUGGCAAGGAACAACAUCCCUUUUUACAUGUUCAUUGACGAAGAAACACAUUCAUAUCUUAAGAACACUUCGAGGUACUCAGAUGAUAACAAGAGAGUAGGGUUGUGGACGAUCAUUGUUGUCCAUAACGUUCCUUACACCGAUGCAAGACGCAAUGGAAAGAUUCCGAAGCUUCUGUUGCAUAGAUUAUUCCCAAAUGUAAGGUACUCUAUAUGGCUUGAUGCGAAGCUGCAGCUUGUUGUAGAUCCAUACCAAAUACUUGAAAGGUUCUUGUGGAGAACGAACUCUAGUAUUGCAAUGUCGAGACAUUACAGACGUUUUGAUGUGUUUGUGGAGGCUGAGGCAAACAAAGCCGCGAGAAAAUACGACAAUGCAUCAAUUGAUUACCAAGUAGAGUUCUACAAGAAGGAAGGCCUGACACCUUAUACUGAUGCUAAGCUUCCAAUAACAAGUGAUGUUCCUGAAGGUUGUACAAUCAUAAGAGAACACAUACCGAUCACAAACCUCUUCACCUGUGUUUGGUUCAACGAAGUUGAUCGGUUUACUUCAAGAGAUCAACUAAGUUUUGCGAUUGCGAGAGAUAAGAUAAGAGAGAAAGUGGAUUGGAGUAUCAAUAUGUUCCUCGACUGUGAAAGACGCAACUUUGUAAAACAGGUUUAUCAUAGAGACGUUUUGAUGAACAUGAAACCUCCUCGAGCUUCUUCUUCUUCUAGGGUUCUUCCCGAGCCACUGACUUUGCCACGUGGAAAAGCAGGCGGUGGUAGAGCCGCCGGAGGGAAGAAGAUUCCGGGACAACGUGGAAAAAGGCGUCACCGGAAAGUUUCAGCCGGUGGAAGAAACAUGAGAUAGAGAUUUUUAUUUUGAGAAUGUUAGAACAUUGAACCGAAGUUAAGACCGGUAGAAGAUUAAACCGAAACUAAACCGGUGGGAUAUUUAUUUAUUGGUGUCGGCUAUGGAUAUUUUCGUCGAAGUGGGGUCAUUGUAGUACUCAUGGAGUCUUUUCCACUUGGCAUUAAUCAAACUUUAAUUCUGUAACCGAUAAUCUUUAAUGUGCUAUUUAUGCAAACAUUUUAGCUGCUUUAUUUUAAAUAAUUAAUUACUUAUCUU